AUGUAUGAAAAGACAUUAAGUGAUCAAUUGGAAAAGAAAAUUAUAGAAGAAGUUCCUAACAAGAAAGAAAGGGAUCAUCCUAUACAUUAUUUACCAUUUCACGGAGUUAUGGCUACUGGAAAAGCACUUAGACUGGUAUAUGAUGCUUCAGCGAAAGUAAAGAAUGCGAAAAGUCUUAAUGAAUGCUUAUAUGCCGGUCCAAUGAUGCUAGAAGACCUGACUGGAUUAUUAAUUCAAUUCAGAUGCCACAAUGUAGGAUUAACUGCAGACGUAGAAAAGGCUUUCUUGCAAAUUGGAUUGAAUAAUAAUGAUAGAGAUGUGACUAGAUUUCUAUGGCUGAAAGAUACAGAAAAACCUGUUACUGAAGACAACCUUAUACGAUACAGAUUCACUCGGGUACCCUUUGGAAUUAUCUCCAGUCCAUUUUUAUUAAAUGCUACAAUAAAGCAUCAUCUACAGACCUCUGAAGGGAAUUAUACAAAACAGCUGGCCAAUAACAUAUAUGUGGACAACCUACUUACAGGCACAGAGUCAGUAGAUGAAGCAUUAGAUCUGUAUAAAGAGGCAAAGGACAAGUUUUCUGAGAUAUCAAUGAAUCUUCGAGAGUGGAGUUCUAAUUCAAAGGAUUUUCUCAAUCAAAUACAGGAUGUGGCUCCAGAGACCACAGUGAAGACUUUGGGCUUAAAUUGGGACUUAAAGGAAGACUCACUCCAACUUAGAGCCAAAGUAAACAAGAAUAAUGAGAUUACGAAGAGAGGAAUACUCAAAACUAUAGCGGCAAUAUACGAUCCUUGUGGAUUCAGUGUACCCAUAGUACUGCCAGCCAAACUACUUCUCCAGCAAUUAUGGAAGGAAAAGGUCAAAUGGGACAGCUCAUUAUCUGAUGAAACAAAACAGAAAUGGAUGAGUAUUCUAGAAGAUCUUAAAGAAAUAGAGUCAAUACGUCUACCAAGAAAUAUGACUGUGCCAAAUAGACAUAAGGCACAAUUACACUGUUUUACAGAUUCUUCGACAGUAGCCUACGCGGCUGUAGUAUAUCUGGUGCAAGGAGAUAACGUCCAACACUGCAACACGACCAAGUACCUCAAAGGAAGAGAGAAAUGGGUGGUUAAAUGGACCCGCCUUCUUACGACAGGAUUCAAAGACCUGGCCAAAAAGUCCAGGUGCUGA